AAACUGAUUCGUCAAGCUAAUAAGAUGAGAAAACUUUACGCUGCAUAGAAUAGUUUUGUCGGACUAAAAAGCGAGGAUUUCAUUGAGAAGAAGAAGUGUUUAACAUGUAUUUUGCAUUAGAGAGCAGAUCUGAGGAGCAGGAGGAGUCCAGGCCUCCCAGCGCAGACAAACCAGAGUUUGAAGAACAGGAGGAGGAUCRUGCACCAGACGCUUUGUUUCUAGAAGGUCAGCUGCUGACAAAGGCUGACGUCUCUUCUUGUCCUGCCUUCCAAAUCUUAGAAGAGAUGUUGUUGUCAAACCAAAUUAGCCAGACUACAGCAGCCGAACUGAAAUCCAGCUACGAGCGACUUUAUGACAACUUGAAGUGUGCCCAGAAUUCUCAGAUCCGGCUUUUGGGAGAAGCGAAGAGGCGCCGGGCCGAGCUGGAGAAGCUUCGAGCCGAAGUAGACGGCGCCGAGGAGCAGCGCAGCUCCAAGGAGACCGAGGGCGAGGUCGGCAAACUCAGGCGACAGCUCCUUCAGGCGUACGAGCAGCUGGGGGCCGCCGAGGAGAGGGAGUACGAGACGCAGCACGAGCUGGAGUGUCUCCAGGAAGAGAAGCUGUGUUUGGAGAAGGAGGUUCAAACAAAACCUGCUAAGCUGGAAACKGAAACAGAAACCUUGAAGGAUAAGUGUGAGGACCUGAGGAAAGAGGUGACCCAGAGACAACUGGAUGUACGAAACUUAAUGGAGGAUGUGGAAACGCACAAAAUGCUGAUAGUGAAAGAACAGGAAGAGCUGGAAGAAAAGAAGAAGAUUAUUGAACUGAAAGAGGCUGAAAAUGCCAGGCUUAUCAGCAUACCUGAUCAGAUAAUAAAGGAGACUGAGAGGAAACGCUCAAACUGGCAAGCUGCAGUGAAGAAGAUGGAAGCACUAAAUAUGGAGAUUUCUGAAACUGAGCAGCAGAUGAAGGUGGUGGAUGAGCGUAAUGACGCCAUGAGGAUGAUGAGGGAAGAGGUGGCUCGGGAGCUGGAGGAAGUCAGGGCCCAGAUAGAGGCGUGUCAGCGGGAGCAGAGAGAGCUCCUGAAGAAACAGGAAGUCAGCAGAGAGGAGAUGGCUGACCACAUGGGCACCAAAGGUAUCUUAGAACUGAAGCUGCAGAACCUGAUGAGUGACAGAAAGCACCUGAAUGAGAGACGACUGGUGCAGCUCAGGGAGAAGAAUCGGCAGAUACAAGUGGUUCAAAGGAUGGAGCAGGCCCUGACCAUAGCCACUGAGCAGCUUGUACACACCAAGUCUGUGUACAGUAAACUACAAGCACAGCUAGAUGCUGUUCCCAAACGAGAGGCUAGCGUUCAGCAAAGGAUGGAGCUCCAGAAAGAGGUGGACACUCUUAAAGUCAGCCUUGAAAAACAGCUUUCGCUGGCUGAGAAGGAAAGCCAGAGGAAGCAGCAGUAUGGGAUGCUUCAGGAGCUGCUCAGGGAAUCAAACCGCCUCAGAGAAGAGCUCCAUGACCUCAAAUGUCUGAGACAGAUAAAAGCAGAGGAGAGGAGCAAGAAGCACCGUGAACUGCUUCGAACAGAGCAACUGAGCAGUCGCCUCCAGCAGGAGCUGAGAGAGAAAGACCUGAUCAUCGUGGACCACGGCAAGCUGAACGCAGCGCUGCAGCGAAGAAUAUUACAGUAUUCAAAACUGUGUGAAAUGGUCACGGAAGAGAAGAAUAGGUAUGUGAGACUGAAGGAGAUCGCCUCACAGACGAUCACAGAAUUGACAGAGCAGAUUAAAGUGCUGGAAAACGAGAUGGAAAUCCAGCGCACUGUCGCUGUCAGCAAAGACAGGUCUCUCACAAAGGCUCAAAUGAAGGUUUCUAAUAGUUCCAGAACGAGGGAAAAACUACGCAAUGACAUCUCCAAGGUUGCCUGGAGGCAAGAUCAGAUCAAUGAACAGAGUGAAGACAACAAACUAGAACUAACAAAACUCCAACAAGUGAUUAAACUCCAAGAGGAGACCCUUCUGGAAAUCAACCGAAGUCAUGAAUCAGCCGUACGACGACGCGAUUUUCUUGGAAUCCAACUCUUGGAACAGGACGAAGUUUUGUUCAGCUACCACGAGCAGACGUUCAACCUGGAGGCAGCCAUCACUAAGGGCAAAGUCGCGCUGGAGACCCUGGAGAAGAGCGCGAGGGAGCUACAGUUAGAGAUCAACGAGGAGAAGAGACAAAUAGAGCGGAAGCAGAAGGAGGUGCUCCUGAAGAGGAAACUGGAGGAAGAGAUCACCGUGCUGCAGAUACAGCUGUCAGAAGCCAGAGACAAGACCCUUGAAAGUCUGAACCAAACAGCUGGUUACAAGGAGCUAAAAGGCAAAGACCCAUCUAUUGCAGAGCUCACCGAGAAAAUCGAGCGGCUGGAAGUGAGUCUAGCCGAGCGCGAGAGGCAGUCGCUGGAAAAAGAACUCCUGGUGGAGCAGGUGACCCGGCUGUCAGAGCCGCUCGGGGAGCAGGUGGAGAACGGCAGGCGGGACAGUCUUACGCUGGCAAAGAAGUUGAACGAGGUCCGAACCAGCGUGUUCAACGCCAGCCAGCGCAUCAUGGCCGUUUCUGCCGAGCUCUCUGUGACGCAGGCGGCUGCUUUGUCUCAGCAGCAGCAGAUUAAGGAGAAAGAGCUCCAGAUGGACAGGUGCCAGCAGCGACUGGAACAGGGCCUGCCGCCGUUCCCUGAGAUAGAGGAAGAGUGGAGGAGGAUGCUCCGGGACAAGAAGAGGAGACAGAGGAACAAAGAGGAGAGGCAGAGGCUCGCUGAGGAUGAAUGGAGCCAGUUGCCAAACGGAGUGUACACCACGGCUGAAGCCCGCCCCGACGCGUACAUCCCCCAGAACGCCUCUCUUCCUCUGCCCAAACCCUACGGCGCUCUAGCCCCCUUCAAACCAUCCCAACCGGGGGCCAACAUGAGGCACAUCCGCAAACCAACACCCAAACCCUCGGAGAUGAAAUAAACAUCACACGUUUUUAAUAAGGUGAUGCUCUGCCUCUCGAGCAGGUGGAUUCUGCCCACGAUUCCAUCCAUCUCUGCCUUCGGUCCCGCCUGAAUUCGUCAAACACGGAGAACUUGUUUAUGAGCAAACUGCCUCAUCUUUCGCCCCCGAACGUCCAUCAGUUCCACGUCUUCAAGGCCCAGUCAGAGGCAACUCGUCCGCUCCAAUCCAUCCACCCACCCUGGCCCCUCAUCCUCCUCUUUUUUAUUCCUUUCCC